UUCAAGUUAUAGGCGAGAUAGUCAGGUAUUCUGAAUGCAGAAUCACGGACACGACCCUUCUUCGACAUCCUUGGAACAACUGGAAUGUCCUCCUCUUUUUCAGCUUUCUUCGUUUCAUUUUUUCGUCAAUGUAGCCCUUGUUUGCAGCUUUCUUCAUUACCUCUAGCUGGUGCCAACGUGAUCAUGACGUCUUCUGUUAAUGCUAAGCUGAAAUUUCUAAAGAAAGUAGGAGCUACCUACAUUUUUAAUGACGACACCACAUCCGACUGGAAUAAAGAAGUGUUGAGGGGAAAGGGGGGUUGAUCGUGUUUUGGAGGUAUGCCUUUCUCGCUCAAAUUCGUGUUGCUGAUAUUAUUAUAUCCCUCAGGUCGGUGCACUGAGAAUCUUUGAGAAAUCGAUAGCA